AUGCUGCGCCGCGCCUUCCUCCGCCCUGCCAGCCGCGCCGCCCGCGCCUUCGCCUCGACGGCAGGCCCCAAGCCCGACAUUACGACCAAGCUCCAGAACGUUGGGCCCGUGUCGUGGGCGAGCAUGGCCUUGGCCGGCGUCAUUGGCGGUGGCGUCUUGAUGUACUACAAGAACGAGAAGGACCGCUUGCAGACGCAAACGACGGGCAAGGUCACGACGGUCGGGAAGGCGCUUCUGGGUGGCCCGUGGACGCUCGUCGACUGCGCGUCGGGCACGUGCGUCACGGAUGCGUCGUUCCGCGGCAAGCACACGAUUCUGUACUUUGGCUUUACGCACUGCCCGGACAUUUGCCCGAACGAACUCGUGCGCCUUGGCGAAGGUACAAUUCCAGUCGCCGCCUGCAGUCCCCGACUCGACAUUGAACCGCUCUUCAUCACGGUCGACCCAGCCCGCGACACGGUCGCGCAAAUGGAAGCGUACAAGCAGGACUUCCACCCGAAGCUGCGCAUGCUCUGCGGGACGCCCGACAUGAUCAAGGACGUGACCAAGGCGUACCGCGUGUACUUUACCAAGGCUGAUGAAACCGAGGUCGACGACGACGCCGAGGAGGACGAGGAGUACCUCGUGGACCACUCGAUCGUCAUGUACCUCAUUGGGCCCGACGGCGAGUUCCUGGACUUUUUCACGCAGUCGGCGCGCGUCGAUGACAUUGUCAAGAAGAUCCGCACACUUGUCCAAAAGUAA